ACGGGGCGCGCCUGGCGGAAGAGGCGGUCCAGCGGGCACACUGGCAAAGUAGGGGGCAGGUCCCGCGUCCCAUCCGGUAGCGAUCGCGCCGCGGGCAAAGCGGGACGCUGAGCACCUCCACCCGCCAAGCGUGCCGUCGCCGGGCCAUGUACUCGGGGAACCGCAGUGGCGGCCAAGGUUUCUGGGAGGCCGGCGGAGCGGCGGGCGCGGAGGGGCCGGGGCCAGCGGGGACGCAGAGCCCCGCGCCACUAUUCACCCCGAGCACCUACGAGCGCCUGGCACUGCUGCUUGGUUCCAUCGCUCUGCUGGGCGUCUGCAACAACCUGCUGGUGCUCAUCCUCUACUACAAGUUCCAGCGGCUCCGCACUCCCACCCACCUCUUCCUGGUCAACAUCAGCCUCAGCGACCUGCUGGUGUCCAUCUUCGGGGUCACCUUUAACUUCGUGUCCUGCCUGAGGAACGGCUGGGUCUGGGACAGUGCAGCCUGCAUGUGGGACGGGUUUAGCAGCAGUCUCUUCGGGAUCGUUUCCAUCGCCACCCUAACAGUGCUGGCCUAUGAACGUUAUAUUCGCAUGGUCCAUGCCAGAGUGAUCAAUUUUUCCUGGGCCUGGAGGGCCAUUACCUACAUCUGGCUGUACUCGCUGGCGUGGUCAGGAGCCCCUCUCCUGGGCUGGAACAGGUACACCCUGGAUGUACACGGACUAGGCUGCGCUGUGGACUGGAAAUCCAAGGACGCCAACGAUUCCUCCUUUGUGCUUUUCUUGUUUCUUGGCUGCCUCAUGGUGCCUGUGGGCAUCAUAGCCCAUUGCUAUGGCCAUAUUCUGUAUUCCAUUCGAAUGCUUCAUUGUGUUGAAGAUCUUCAGACAACCCAGGUGAUCAAGAUUUUAAGAUAUGAAAAGAAAGUGGCCAAAAUGUGCUUUGUCAUGAUAUUCACCUUCCUGGUUUUUUGGAUGCCUUAUAUUGUGGUCUGUCUCUUGGUGGUUAAUGGUUACGGACACCUGGUCAGUCCAACGGUGUCUGUGGUUUCCUACCUGUCCGCUAAAUCAAGCGCUGUCCAUAACCCGCUGAUCUACGUCUUCAUGAUCAGAAAGUUUCGAAGGUCCCUUUUGCAACUGCUGUGUGUCCAGCUGCUGAGGUGCCAGACGCCUGCUCCGGACCUGCCAGCAGCUGGCAGUGAGAUGCAGAUCAGGCCCAUUGUGACGUCCCAGAAAGAUGGCAACAGGCCAAAGAAGAAGGUGACUUUCAGUCCUUCUUCCAUCGUUUUUAUCAUCACCAGUGAUGAAUCACUAUCAACUGGCGACAGUGACAAGACUAAUGUCUCCAAGGGUGAUGCAAUCCAAGUACGACCUUUAUAAGAAUAAACAAUGGUAAGAUGAAAUGGGUACUUAACUGAAUACCACCGUGAGACUCCUGUUAUAAGGACCGUUUUGGAAUCCCCAUUCUGUGUAAUAUCAACUGAGCUUCUGCGGCCCAAAAGGAAAUUCAGAUUGUUCGUGAACUCUCCAGCCUCUGGGAGCAACUGAGCACGGCCAGUCCUUCCCGUUCAAUGGGUGCUUCAUACAGUGAAAAACCUCGCGGGGGCACAAGACAGGUUGAUGGGGGCACCAUCAACUUCUAACACAUUGGGAACUUUCAUUUCAGAUACAGUUUUUAAACGACUGUAUUUCCAAGGCGCACAAUACAUUGUUCCCCAAAAAAUGCAUAGUGCAAAAAUAACUUUGUCUCAUACACAGGUAUUAAAUAGCUAGAAAAGCAGGAAUUUCCUGGAGUGUUGGGUUCUAUUUGGUGUCAUGUCCAAUGUUUGACCAAUUAAAUCGAUCAGAGACCCUUCUAGGAUGAAAGGAAAAUCAAACCCCUAACUCUGUCUGAAACCAAAGAUUUGCUGUAUGUUAGUAUGGUAAAGAGGAGCUUCACACAAAUGUGCUGCUGAGCGGGCUCUAGGAGCUGCUACCGAAAAGCAACACAGCCAGGAAAAUAGGUGGUGGGUUUCAAGGUCAUCGUGGUGUGCAGGCAGUCACAUGUGAACAGAGGAGGUACGUGGUAAGGAUCGUGUUGAUGGAAGACGGCUAUCUCCAUCACGGUGUCCAACCUUCUGGUGUCUCCAGGCCACACCGGAAGAAGAGUUGUCUUGGGCCACACGUUAAAUACACAAACACUAAUAAAAACUGAUGAGCAAAAAAAAAAAAAGGUUUGAAGUAAAUGUACGAUUUUGUGUUGGGCCACAUUCAUAGCCAACCUGAGGUUCAUGUGGCCUGUGGGCCACAGGUUGGACACCCCUGAACCUAUAUCAUUUCAAACAUGAACAUGGCAAGAGUACCUCUCUCUUUAAUAAUUUUCCACCCUUUUGCCAAGCGUUCCGGAUUUAAUUUAAAGAGAGAGUUCCAAAAAAACAAACAAGCUUACAUUUGUAGGGGGAUGAGAGUAAAUGGAGAACUGU